UGCUUCUGAUAUCCUGUUAAAAUUGCAUUUUGCUCUGUUUUGACUCUUUCUGCACUCCAUUGGUAGCAGUGAUUAGUAAAGCAGUUGUUCUGGAGAGACUUACUGUAGUAAGUGUGGUUUAAAAAGGAGCUGACAUCCUAAUAGCUCCUAUGGAAAUUCUGUGGCCUUCUCUAGGCUUAUAUCAUUUAAAAGGCUGAAUUCUCAUAGGUAAUGCAAUAUUCUUUGGUUUGACAGGACACUCACCAUUUUAGAAUUCAGUGUCUUCAUGACUUGUAGGCUAUAGACCUAUUGGCUAGAGCCAGGUGCCAAGUGGGAGGUUGUAUGGAGGCUCGAGAAACAGGAGGAUCUCAUUGCGAUUCCAGAAAUAAGGAAGAGAAUGUCUGUGGUGCAUGAGCUGUCACCAGGAUGGCUGCUGGAUCACCUCGCUUUCAUUAACAAGAUAAGCUAUGAACUUCACCAGAAUCGUGAGCCUUGUUGUAGUAAAAGCCGGCCUACUUCUUCUGUUCACCUUGAUUCUCUUCACAUGGAUUCUGUGUCCUCUUUUGGAGCCUCUGCUACAUUUGUUCCUUCCACCAGUAAGCCAGAGAAUGGUGAUAGAGGAAAUUGUGAAAUGUUCAUACAGAAAUACGUAUUUCGAUCUGAACUGUUUGAUGUCAGCAAACCUUAUAUAACUUCCACUAUUCACGAAGAGUGCCAAGAAAGUAAAGAAAAGGAAGAUCUAGUAAAUGAUGUUAAGAAAGAAAUCUCCAUUUCUGUUAAUGGCAAGAAGCGUAAGAGAUGUGUUGCUUUCAAUCAAGGUGAACUGGAUGCUAUGGAAUACCACAGAAAGAUCAGGGGGCUUAUUUUGGAUGGAUCUUCACAGUUAAUCCAAGAAGGUCUCACAAGUGGCUUUCUUCAUUCAUGUUCUGAAAAACAGAACAAGUUCAGUGAGCCCAUUGCUUUACCACAUGAUACCUGUAAUUUGUCAGAAUUAUGUGAAAUGGCAAAGCAUUUGCCUUCUCUGAAUGAAAUGGAACUUCAGACGUUACAGUUGAUGGAAGAUGAUGCCUAUGUUACAGAGCAGGAUUUAUUUUCACGGAUUGUUGAGAAUACCUCUAGCUUUACAAAAAUGAUUACUUUAAUGGGACAGAAAUACCUGCUGCCACCAAAAAGCAGUUUUCUUUUGUCUGACAUUUCUUGUAUGCACCCACUUCUGAACUGUAAGAAAACAUAUGAUGUGAUUGUGAUAGAUCCACCAUGGCAGAACAAAUCGGUGAAAAGAAGUAACAGAUAUAGUUAUUUAUCACCACUGCAGAUAAAGCAGAUACCUGUCCCUAAGCUGGCUGCUCCAAGCUGUCUCGUUGUUACGUGGGUGACAAAUAGACAGAAGCACCUGCGUUUUGUCAAGGAAGAGCUUUACCCGUCUUGGUCUGUGGAGGUAGUUGCUGAAUGGCACUGGGUAAAAAUCACCAGUUCCGGAGAGUUUGUGUUCCCAUUAGAUUCUCCACACAAAAAGCCUUAUGAAGGUCUUAUACUGGGAAGAGUUCGAGAAAAAGCUGCUUUACUGUUGAGUAGGAAUGCAGAUGUAAAAGAGCUGCCCAUUCCAGACCACAAGUUAAUUGUCAGUGUGCCCUGUACGCUCCAUUCACAUAAGCCACCUCUUGCUGAGGUUCUAAAAGACUAUAUCAAGCCAGAGGGAGAAUGUUUGGAAUUGUUUGCUCGAAAUUUACAGCCAGGUUGGACUAGUUGGGGCAAUGAAGUUCUCAAAUUUCAACACAUGGAUUAUUUUGUUGCUCUGAAGUCUAAAAGCUGAGUAGGCUCCUAAAAUUUGUGUUUUUCUUCAGUUUUUCCUCACUCCUCCUCCUUUCAUUCUGAUUGAUAUUUUCCUUUUUUUUUUUUUUUUUUUACCAACCAGUAUGCUUAGAGAUGUAAACAGAACUUCAUUUUUCAGCAAAGUGACUGACCGUCAUAUAAUUUCAAGAUGAAUUUUACUUCAGGUGCAUUAGUAUUCCACAUUAUUCUGGACUCUACAAAUAAAAGAGGUAAGCAGUUUGAAAGAA